AUGAUACUGAACUCUUCAUCGCUGGAUGGGUGGAACUCCCCAUCUCUGAACGCUUCGUCUUCCCCGUCGUGUCACCUGUGGAAGCAAUUUAAUCUGAACGGCAUGUACCGGAAGGGGGAUUUGGUUCUGGGUGGUCUGUUCGAGGUACACUUCUUCACCUUGUUCCCCGAGCUCUCGUUCACUUCAGAACCGCUGCAGCCCAGCUGUGAAGGGUUUACAAUUUUCGGGUUCAAGCAGGCAGAGACUAUGGCCUUUGCUAUAGACGAGAUCAACAAAAGACCUGACCUCCUGCCCAACAUUACCCUCGGAUACCAGCUCUAUGACAACUGCCUAAGGCUGGGUGUUUCGUUCCGCGCCGCCAUGUCAUUGGCCAGUGGGUCGGAGGAAAAGUUCCUAUUGGACGAAAAUUGUUCUGGUUCAUCCCCGGUCCUAGGGAUUGUGGGAGACCCAGGGUCCACUCAUGCUAUCGCCAUCUCUAGUAUUCUAGGGCUGUUCAAGGUGCCCAUGGUGAGUUACUAUGCCACAUGUUCCUGUCUGAGCAACCGCAGAAAGUACCCCUCCUUCUUCAGAACCAUCCCCAGUGACACCUUUCAGGUGGAGGCUAUGAUCCAGAUCCUGCGCCAGUUCGGCUGGACCUGGGUGGGCCUGGUGGUCAGCAGCGAUGACUACGGGUUGUUUGCCGCUCGCACUUUCCUCUCUGACCUGACCCAGUCGGGUGGCUGCAUGGCCUACUCCCACGUCCUGCCCAAGGACAACAACCCGACGGAGCUCAAGCGUAUAGUGGAAAACAUAAAGCAAUCCUCUGCUCGCGUGCUAGUGGUGAUCUCCAGUGAGGCCUACCUGCUCCCGCUGGUGGAUGAGGUGGUGGUGCAGAAUGUGAGGGGUCUCCAGUGGAUCGCCAGUGAAGCCUGGACAUCAUCCUCUGUGUUUUUCACCCCCCGUCUGAUGCCCUACCUGGGGGGCACCCUGGGUAUCGCCAUCCGUCGUGGAGAGAUCCCAGGCCUCAGGGACCACCUGCUUAACAUCCGCCCCGACAACAAACCUCAUAACAACAUGGUGAGGCAGUUCUGGGAGACUAUGUUUGAGUGUGAGUUCAAGCCCCCAUCGGUGUUGGUGGAGGUCGGGAAGAACGUGUGUACAGGACAGGAGGAUUUGAGGGCUGUGGAAAGUGGCUUCGCAGACGUGUCCGAUCUCAGGCCAGAGUACAACGUGUACAAGGCGGUGUAUGCCCUGGCCCAUGCCCUGCAUGACCUGCUGCAGUGUGUGCCUGGGAGAGGUCCUUUCAGUGGACACAGCUGUGCCAGUAUAAAGAAACUGGAGCCCUGGCAGCUGGUGCACUACCUGGAGAGGGUUAACUUCACCACAGGCUUUGGUGACCGUGUUUCUUUCGAUGAGAAUGGCGAUGCUCUGCCCAUCUAUGACAUCAUGAACUGGGUGCGGCUCCAGGACGGGAGCAUGCAGGUGAAGAAUGUGGGUGUGGUUGACAAAUCAGCUCCCACAGGGCAACAACUCGUGCUGGACGAGGACAGAAUCUUCUGGAAUUUUGAGUCGAAAAAGCCCCCCCGGUCAGUGUGCAGUGAGAGCUGUCCCCCAGGGACUCGUGUGGCCCGAAAGAAAGGGGAGCCUGUCUGUUGCUUCGACUGCAUCCCCUGUGCUGAGGGGGAGUUCAGCAACACUACAGAUUCGACUGAUUGUUACAAGUGUCCGGAGGACUUCUGGUCCAGCCUGGAACGGGACCACUGCAUACCUAAGGGGAUUGAGUUCCUCUCCUACAACGAACCCCUGGGGAUCUCCUUGACAACAGCCUCUAUGCUUGGCACUGUUUUCUGUGCAGUUGUCUUUGGAAUCUUUGCACACUACCGGAACACGCCUGUGGUGAAAGCAAACAACUCAGAGCUGAGCUUCCUGCUUCUGCUGUCGCUCAAACUCUGCUUCCUUUGCUCACUGCUGUUCAUCGGCCGACCGCGGCUGUGGACAUGUCAGCUGAGGCACGCAGCAUUUGGUAUCAGCUUUGUCCUUUGUGUCUCCUGUAUACUCGUCAAGACCAUGGUGGUGCUGGCAGUGUUUAGGGCCUCUAAGCCCGGGGGUGAGACGUCCCUGAAGUGGUUUGGGUCUGGGCAGCAGAGAGGAACAGUCUUGGUUCUCACCUCCUUGCAGGCUGCUAUCUGUGUGGCCUGGCUAGUCUCAGCGUCUCCAACACCACACAAAAACACAAACUACCAAAAUGAUAAAAUUGUAUAUGAGUGUGUCGUUGGGUCAGUGGCUGGGUUUGGAGCAUUGCUAGGCUACAUCGGCCUACUGGCAAGUCUGAGCUUCCUCCUUGCAUUUCUGGCUAGGAAUCUCCCGGACAACUUCAAUGAGGCCAAGCUCAUCACCUUCAGCAUGCUGAUCUUCUGUGCUGUGUGGGUGGCCUUUGUCCCCGCCUACGUCAGCUCACCCGGAAAGUAUGCGGAUGUUGUGGAGAUAUUCGCCAUCUUAGCUUCCAGCUUUGGCCUCCUGGUGGCGCUGUUUGGCCCAAAGUGUUACAUCAUCCUCCUGAGGCCUGAGAGGAACACCAAGAAGGCUCUAAUGGGCCGAGCCAAAACCAAGACAUAG